CGGGGGCGAGCCGGAGCCAUGGCGUCGUACAUGGGCAGCCGGACCCUGAGCAAGGACGACGUGAACUACCGGCUGCACUUCCGCAUGAUCAACGAGCAGCAGGUGGAGGACAUCACGCUGGAGUUCUUCUACCGGCCCCACACCAUCACCCUGCUCAGCUUCACCAUCCUCAGCCUCAUGGCCUUCGCCUUCACCAGGGAUGAUUCAACCCCAGAAGAUAAUAUUUGGAAAGGCAUCCUCUCUGUGAUUUUCUUCUUUCUAAUCAUCAGUGUUCUAGCUUUUCCAAAUGGCCCUUUCACUCGACCGCAUCCUGCAAUAUGGCGCAUGGUUUUUGGUUUGAGUGUUCUCUAUUUUCUAUUUCUGGUGUUCCUGCUCUUUCUUAACUUUGAGCAGGUGAAAUCAGUGAUGUACUGGCUCGACCCUAAUCUCCGAUAUGCAACGAGAGAAGCAGACAUCAUGGAAUAUGCUGUGAAUUGUCACGUUAUCACUUGGGAGCGAAUCCUCAGCCAUUUUGACAUAUUUGCUUUUGGACAUUUCUGGGGCUGGGCAAUGAAGGCUUUGUUGAUCCGCAGCUAUGGGCUGUGUUGGACAAUUAGCAUCACCUGGGAGCUAACUGAGCUGUUCUUCAUGCAUCUGCUGCCUAAUUUUGCUGAGUGCUGGUGGGAUCAAGUCAUUUUGGAUAUCCUGCUAUGUAACGGGGGUGGCAUCUGGUUGGGCAUGGUAGUUUGCCGUUGGUUGGAGAUGAGGACCUAUCACUGGGCAAGCUUCAAGGACAUUCACACUACCACAGGUAAAAUCAAGAGAGCUGUGUUACAGUUCACUCCGGCAAGCUGGACUUACGUUCGCUGGUUUGAUCCCAAGUCUUCAUUUCAAAGAGUGGCUGGAGUAUACCUUUUCAUGAUUAUCUGGCAGUUGACUGAAUUGAACACAUUUUUCUUGAAACAUAUAUUUGUUUUCUAUGCAAGUCACCCUUUAAGUUGGGGUAGGAUCCUCUUCAUUGGAAUCAUUACAGCACCUACUGUGAGACAGUACUAUGCUUACCUCACAGACACACAAUGUAAACGUGUAGGAACUCAGUGCUGGGUAUUUGGAGUCAUUGGUUUCCUUGAAGCUAUUGUGUGCAUCAAAUUUGGUCAAGAACUCUUCUCCAAAACGCAAAUAUUAUAUGUGGUGUUUUGGCUCCUUUGUGUGGCUGUUACUACUUUCCUGUGUUUAUAUGGAAUGGUUUGGUAUGCAGACCUCUAUGGGCAACGAGAAAAGACUUUGUCGGAGAGCGAAGACAGCUCGUACAUCCCAGAUGCUUCCUGGCUUAACUCUAAGUUUACUAGAGGAAUGGAAGACAGCCCACCCAAGCACUCCAGCAACAGCGAGAGCCAUUCAUCUAGGAGGAGGAAUCGCCAUUCAAAAACAAAAGUAACCAAUGGGAUUAGCAGGAGAUAGAGAGAUGGUCAGGUUCUAGAUUUGUUCCAGAAGUGUGCCUGAGAGCUAAGAAGCGAAACUGGGCCUGAUUCUGAAUUCCCUGCUUGAAGUGAAGGCCAACAAGAGGAAGAGAUGGAGGAGGGGAAGAACAUCUUCAGCAACCGGAGGCUUGGACCUUGUUAAGAUGGAGCUCAUCUGUGUAUCGCAAAUCAUUAGCUGCUGUCACUUGCCACUCACUGGCUUAAAUCUAACCUCUUCUGCACUUGACACUCAAAACAGUAGUACUAUUAUGCUGAAAGGCGAAAAUAGUUGCUUGCUCCUGAGGGGUUCAUGUGAUAGUCUUUGUUCAAGCAGUGUGAAUGCCUUCUGAAGGCCUUUCUUUAGUUGGGAAUGAUAACUCAACAGUUAACUGAGAACUUGAUUUAUUUUUUAUGUUCCCAUUUUGUUUUGGCUGUGUUUGUGUGUGUGUUUUAAAUUGUUUUGCAUUUUUGUUUGUUUGUUCAUUUAACAGAACUCUUUGACUGAAAGCUGCUUUGCCUUGGUUCUUGAUCUGAUAGUCAAGAUUUUCUAUGCUCGUAUCUUUUUAGGCAAUCACACCCAUAUUUCAAUAUCCAGGGUACGAAGUACUAGAAAGUGUGUUCUUGAUUUGGUCCAGUUGAUUUUUAUAAUGUUUAGCUCUGCUGAAUGUUCAUUGUGUUCAAUCCUGUCUCAGAUAGUCAUGAACGUCUGUUACGCAACACGGGCUGUGGCUGCCCUAAGCGGCAGGGGAACAAACCCAGCUCCCUUCAAACACAUGCACACAUCUUGUUUCUUCUCUGGCAGCUCCUUUGUUUCCUGUGUGUUUAUCAUGGUAUUCAGGUACACCAAACAGUUUCCUCUUGAUAGGCCUGAACACCCUCCACCCCAACUGCAACAAAAUAAUCCCAGUUUUCAAGAAAAACUCAUGGUUAAGGCUCUGUAAACUCCAGCCUGGCUUGAUAAGAUGGCUGAUCCAGGAGAGUGCUUAUGGUAUCCUGGGUUUUUUAAUUUUUUAAAAUCAUUUUACACUCACUCCAUUUCUUUCCAGAGCCAGUUUUAUAGAAUGCUUCGAUCACAUUUUUUUGUUUUGUUCCCCAUUUAUUUUUUAUUUAUUUUUUUAAAAGAGCCAUCUGUUUACACCUCUGUUUACAAAGCAGAGUUAAACAGGGCCAUUCCCAAGAAAGGAAACAGUCAAAAUAAUGAAGUAUUUUGCCAUGAAAAUUGUGGUACCAGAACAAAAGAUGAUUUUGCAUAGAUUUUGUUUUCUGUGUUUAGUUGGUCUGCCUUUGUAUGUGCCAACUAGGUUGUGGGGCUGGUUACUCCGGAAGGCUUGGCAAAGAAGACAGGUGACAUAAGAGCCCACUUCCUUAGCAUUACUUUUCAUCUGGGAAGUGCUGCUGGCUGUGAUAAUGUCACAGGACACGCGCCACAAGUUCUGAAAUAUUGUGAAGACUUAGGCGUGAAGUGACUGUAAAUAGAAAAACACCACUGUAAUCCAUGACGUCUUAUGUGCCCAGGGGAUCAGCUUUUUGAAUGUGAUCACUAUGCAGUUGCUAAUCCACAGAAAGCUCUGUUUUUGUUUUCAUUCACGAAUGUGCAAACUCUUGCAUCAAAAGCUGCUAUAUCCUAUUUGCUGCAACUAUGCUAAAUGUUAAGGGGUGGUGGUGGAAAUGUGUGCAUCUGAAACAUUUUUUCCAACCAAUGUUGCUUUCUCAUUUGUAUCCUGAAAGUUGUGACCUGAUACAUCCAUGUAUUUUUAGCAUGCUACAUAAUUUUUGAAUGUAUUUGAGAUGCUCAAGUUCGGUCAGUUUUAUCUAUUUCCUUGUCAGUUGCUAAAAGACAGACCAAUGUGUAUUCCCCCCCCCAUUUUAUUCAAGACCAAAGCCAGAAGAAUGUUAAUGUUCUUGUAAAAAUUGCAGGCAGUUCAUUUUUAGUGUUAAUAGUGCCCACAUUUCCAAAGAGCCUGUCCUGUUUUGCAGAGCUUAGAACAUGCAGAAUUCUGGCUCUGUUGAAGUCAAUAAUCAAGAUUUCAUCCACCCCAAGAAUGUUGGGCUCUCUGGUCUACAGUGCAUUUUCAUGUAGAAAAGCCAUGUUGGCCAGUUAAAACGAGCGCUUCUGUACACAGUUCUCUGUACCAUACAGUGUACAUGCUGAGCUUUUGCAAAACCAGACUGGUGUUAAUGUUUACAGUGGCUGUGAUGCAGUGGGCCAUGUAUGAACGGGCUUUUCCUGCCAGCAGUUAACUCCCUGAGCAUCCUCAGAAGCUGCUCUAAAAGGUCCAUAGCCUCCCAUAUGGAGCUGGGAGAAUGAUAACUACUGCUGGAAGGGGAAAUUGGCAACAUACAAAUGUCAAUGUGCAACUCAAAGACCUUAUGCACUUUGGUGUUUAGCCUAGGUUCCCCCCUGCCUCCAUUAUUAAGGAAUUAUGAAAGACUAUUUUGCAUGGGUAAGCUUGGAAGAGGAGCACUCUUUUUGAUGAAUCCCUUUAGAUAACAGGGAUUGUUAUCCAUAAGUAUAUCUAUAAUCUGUCACAAAAAAACAAGUUAUGUUGAGUCUUCAAGUACUGUGUGAACUAUGGGCAUGUUCUGUAAAGCCAUUGAUUAUCGCAGAUCAAAGAGAUAUUACUCUCUCGGUUCAUAUUUGGCCUGCAGGGUGAUAAUGUUUGCUAUGUUUUCCAUGGAAAUGGGAGUUGGACCAGUAGAAAUGGUGGGAUAGGGCUUUGAUCAGGUCUAGAUACACGAAGGGUCAGACUUGAGCGUUUAAUCCCCUAACGAGUAAAUUCCACAUGUGAGUUGUAAUGCUUUCACUAACCUUUUAUUGAGAAUUCUGGAAAGUAUGUACUUGUUCCCACUUAUAUGCUUUUAAACUUGCUUUCUGCCUUUUCCCUUUUUCUCUCUCCCCACUUUUUCAUUUUUCCACUUGUAGACACUCUAGGUUGUGGUGGUAGCUGUUCUGAAAUUAAUCAUUUACUGUGUGUAUAUUGAAAAAGAGGUUGACCUUGUUCCUCUGGAGGCUGUUCCAUAUCAGUCAUUGAUGGGGGAGCACAACCUGCUACACUAUGGUCCGGACAGUAGCAGCAGCUUAUAACAUUGCAAAAAGGCUCUGCUACGAACAGAGCUUUUUUUUAUUUUUAAAGAAGGCCAAAAGGGACAUAUAAUAGGAAAAGUCUAGCCACCCAAAGUAAACCUAUUACCAGCUGCCAGUAUUAAAUUUGAGUAACGCGUUGUUUUGUAUAAGAGACAGUGUCUAAUAAAUACAUGGAAUUUGGUUUCAA